GGAAGGAUUAUUCAGUCUAACACAAGAGGCGUAAUUGUGCAGGGAACGACCGAACUUUUUUCAGAAUAGUGAACACUGAUGAACUGAAGGGGUUUGGAGGGUGGGGCACUGCAAGGAUCAACUUGUCACAUUGCAGCCUGAAAGGUAGAGGACUGCGGAACUCCCUGGCAGGCAGUGGACAGACCGGGAACAUUCUCCUGCAGAAUCACUCAUUCAGACACCAGGCACUGGGAAGAAACUCUCGCUGUUUCUUUAAGUAUUUUUCUGACUGGUUUGACCCCAACACCACAGGGAAACUCGUAAUUUUUAAUCAAACAACAGUGGAACUAAGAUGCCGUCGCUCGUUUUCCUUCUUUUGUUGUGUCUGAUGAAGCUGGUUUGGAGUCUAACACCACUUGCUGUGGUUGUGCCUCAGGACCCCAUUCUGACCAUUGGCUCAUCUCUGACUGCUACAUGCAUUGUGAACCCUGAGGCUAACGCGGACGCCCAGGAUCUGUACUGGACACUGAACGGCGAGCAGCUUCCUGCAAACUUGUACAGUCUAGUGAAUGACAGUGCACUGAAGGUGACCCUUCGUGGACUGAACGGCUCACGGCAACAAUCCGGUGAUAACCUUUUGUGUCACCGUAGUGACAACAGAGUCCUGGCUGGUUCAUGCCUCUAUGUGGGCUUUCCCCCAGAAAAGCCUACCAACAUUACCUGCUGGUCAAAGAACACUAAGGACCUCACCUGUAAAUGGAACCCAGGAGGUGAGGGUGAAUCCUUCCUUCAUACCAACUAUACACUGAAAUACAAGUUACGCUGGUAUGGUAAAGAGAAUGAGUGCCAGGAGAUGGCCAGAGCCGGACCAAACUCUUGUUACAUUCCCAAGGACCUUGCCCUCUUCACUCCGUAUGAAAUCUGGGUCGAGGCAUCAAACAAAUUAGGAACUGCAGCUUCUGAUAUCCUAUCCCUGGACAUCCUGGAUGUGGUUACCACGGAUGCUCCAUUUGACGUCCAGGUGAAUCGGGUUGGGGAUCUGGAGGACCAGCUCAGUGUCCGUUGGAGCUCCCCGCCUGCAUUGAGAGACUUCCUCUUUCAGGCCAAGUAUCAGAUCCGUUAUCGUGUGGAGGACAGCACUGAGUGGAAGGUUGUGGAUGACAUUGGAAACCAGACCCUGUGCCGACUGGCAGGGCUGCGACCGGGCACUGUGUAUUUUGUCCAGGUGCGUUGUAACCCUGUUGGCAUCUACGGUUCAAGGAAAGCUGGGAUUUGGAGUGAAUGGAGCAUCCCCACAGCUGCCUCCACACCCCGGAAUGAGCGAUCCGGUGGUACGUGCUACCAGAAGAGUGGGGAGAGUAGUUCCAAUCUGCGGCGUGAGCUCAAGCAGUUUUUCGGCUGGGUUAAGAAACAUGCCUACGGCUGCGCUGCUCUGAACAUCAAACUAUACGACCAAUGGCGCGUUUGGCUGCAGAAAUCGCACAAGACACGGAACCAGAACCAAGAAGUCGCCGUUUUCAUUGGACUGCAGGAAGGUGAGUCAGAUUAAGCUGAUACUCCAGGCCGGUAACUCCAGAGAUUCUUCUUCAAAAGGACAGAUCCCUUUUGGGGGAGGAUUGGUCUUUGAUCCAACAUGAAUGUGUGAAGCAGCAGCAGCCAUCCCAACCCUUCAUUCUCAUUGUUAGUCACAGAACAGUUACAAACACUCCCAUAGGAUUAUUCAUUCAUUAAAGAAAGAUAUCCAAGCUGAUUUAGUGACAGCAAGUGUUUAGACACUUUGACAGUUCACUUCAGCGAUCGAGAAUCAAAUCCAUCAAUGGGAUUGAAGGCCAUUCCUCUAACUACUGGUCAACAUUUCAUAUUUAACAAUCUUGUCUUUCAGUUGUGUUUUCAGAGCCUUUAGCACUCAUGUCUAUUUCUUGUUCCUAACAUCCUCUUUGUGUAGUUUGGUGUUCAUUUUUGUUUUAUAAAAUUUCUUGUGAACUCUGUUGGGGUGUACUUAAAGGUGCUGUAUGAACGUCAAGUGUUGUUAAAUAGUCCAAAAUCUCUGAGGAUAGAGUACUUUUCUGAGGAAAAUGCGCCCAGUACAGGGAACUAUGUCUUUGCACAUGAAUGCAAAAACCGACUGAACCAAAAUAUUUGGGAUUGAUCAUUUGUUUACUUUCUAAUAAACCAUUUUAAUGUUGUUAAA